GCUCUCGGCCAAUCGGGCUCUGAACUCGCCCCUCGCAGCGCUUUCCACCAAUGGAAGGCGACGGCCGGCGAUGACGCGCCUAGCGGGUCGCGCGCAGGCGUGUUUUUCCUCAGGGUCCGGGAGGAGGAGCGACGCCGUCGGUCGCGUUCACGCUCUCGGCGCUCCGGCUUCAGCCGGGCGGGAGAAGAGACCCGCGGAGGAGGACAAGGUGCCGGCGGCGAGGCCAGGGAAAGGCCCCUUUCCGCGCAACGUCUUGCUCUUCCUGGGUUGGCAAGGGAGCUAGAGAGAGGAUGAGCUGGCUCUUCCACUACUCCAAAGGGGGUAGCGGUGGCGGAGCCGCCGCCGCCGCCACCUCUUCCUCCUCCGCCGGCGGAGCUGUGUUGCCUUCCACUCUCACCAGCCUCCAACAGCAGCGGCAGCGGCAGAUCGAGUCCCUGCGCAGCGCCCAUGCCGCUAUAGCUGAAAUACAAAAAGAUGUGGAAUAUCGGUUGCCGUUCACUGUAAAUAACCUGACAAUUAAUAUAAAUAUCUUGCUUCCUCCUCAGUUUCCUCAGGAAAAGCCAGUCAUCAGUGUUUUCCCACCAAUACGGCACCAUGUAAUGGACAAACAAGGAGUAUAUGUGACCUCUCCAUUAAUUAGUAAUUUUACAAUGCACUCUGACCUUGGCAAAAUUGUUCAAAGUAUACUUGAUGAAUUUUGGAAAAAUCCUCCAGUUUUGGCUCCCAAUGCAACAACAUUCCCAUACCUUUACAGCAAACCAACUGGAAUUCCUACAUAUGCUCAGAAUUUUCCAUUUCUUUCUCCGUAUCUGCCACAAGAAACAAAUAGGUCUAUAGCAUCUGUGCCCCUUGCAGAAUCACUUUCUUCAGGUUAUACUACAGAUAGACCUGCAGCUCCUUCCUUUGGCAUGAUAACUGAGUUGCCAUUACCUGUUCCAACAACAGAAACAUUACCACAGGGAAACCAAAAUGGAUUCGGGUAUAAAAUGCCUGAUGUUCCAGAUGCAUUUCCAGAAUUAUCAGAACUAAGCAUAUCACAGCUGACAGACAUGAAUGAACAAGAAGACAUACUGCUAGAACAGUUUGUAAAUCUGCCCCAAUUAAAGCAUAUUAUUAAUGAUAAAGAUGAUUUAGUUCAAAGUAUUGAAGAACUAGCAAAAAAAAAUUUAUUAUUGGAACCAAGCUUGGAGGCAAAAAGGCAAACAAUACUAGAUAAAUAUGAACAACUGAUUCAUUUGAAGACUACAUUUGAAAAGAAGGUGCAAAGGCAGCAUGAACUUAGUGAGAGUUGCAGUGCAAGUGCUCUGCAGGCAAGAUUGAAAGUGGCUGCCCAUGAAGCUGAAGAGGAGUCUGACACUAUUGCAGAAGACUUUCUGGAAGGGAAAACAGAAAUAGAUGAUUUUCUUAGUAGUUUCAUGGAGAAAAGAACAAUUUGCCACUGUAGAAGAGCCAAAGAAGAAAAGCUACAGCAGGCAAUAGCAAUGCGUGGCCAAUUUCAUGCUCCAUUAUAGAUUUUUUUUCCAGCUAAUCAGACUUUUAAGGCAACAAAUCCAGCAAAGCACAUUUUCAUAGAUCUAUUAUUUUGCAAAUAAGCAUUUCAUUAUGGUUGUAUUUAUAGAAAAAAAACUGUAUAUAGAGCUGGGGUGAUUUUUUUGUACAAAUUAGAGUGUCUUUCUAUUCUUAUUUUAUUCAAAAUGUACUUCUACUGCAAUUUUUGCACUAAUAUUUCCUGUUAUCGAUUAUCCUUACCAUAUUUAAUUUCCUGCUGCUGUCUCCACCACCUUUAUAGAUUAAAUAUUUAAACACGUAAUUUUGACUAGAUUUUUAAAUUUUAUACAGCAUAAUCCAUAACUUUCUUAUUAAAUACUGGCUGGUUUGUUUGGGAGGUGUAGAAAUGUUGGUUGGUUAAAGUAAGUUGCAAAGUGUUGACAGAUAAGGUAGGUUUCUUCAUCCUGCUUUACCAGAAAGCACCAGAAUUCAGUUUCUUGAAAUCAGUUUUUCAGCCAUUUUUGUUUCAUGUCAAUAUAUAAAUAAAUACAGAUUCAAAUACUGAAUUCAGCACACUAAUGCAAUCAGAUCUAAGAAACUUAAGACCUAAGAGGCUUAAGCAGUCCUUCAAACUUUUAGAGGAAGUCAGUGUGAUUUUGUGUAGACACCUUCUUUGCGAUUCUGCCGCUCGCUGCUUUGGGAAAUAUCCUACCUCAACCCUCAAAUGGAGAUAGGCAUAAUUCUCUCAUACUCCAUUCUCGCUUCUUUCUUUCCAACUUGUGAUUCCAUUAGAAUGUAUUGAAACAAGUAAAUGGGCACAUUGUAUAAGAUCUUGGUAUUCAGACAUUUGCUUUAUUUCCUCAUUUCUCAUUUCCCCUAGUGUGCACAUAAAAGCACUUUUGAAAUCAAGAAGGAAAGAGGAACUUUAUCAUUCAUAUGUAUGUAUGUAUGUAUGAUCAACAAGAGAUUAUUUAGAUCCAGUAGAGUAGAAUCAUCUCUGAGUCACCUGCAUCAGACAUAAAAUAAGCAAGCUUGUUCACAUGCUCAGUAUUGUUGGUAGAAUGUAGUGAAAUAACUGCAGCUCUAAAUCAAUCUCCUACAGAGAUAAAAUUUAGAAUCUUAUCCUACACUAAGAAUAAAACCAAAGAAUUUUAUUUUCAUAU